AUGAAGUCCAAAUUAACAGAUGAAGAUAAAAUCGAUAUUAUCAACAAUCUUAAUAUUAAGAUUGGGAGUGAUAUUAAUAAUUUAGCAGAUGCAAUUGAUGUUGAAGGAGAAUUAAUCCGAAAGAAGAAACAUCUUCAAAGUAGUUUAAAUGUAGCAAAUGACGAAGUUCCAACCAAACUGUCAUCAACCCUUAAAAAGGCGGAACAUAAUUCCAAACAAAUUCAAAAUCUCAAAAUUAAAAGUGAACAGUUAAAGUUGAAAGUUGAAGAUUUUCUAAAUAGAACCAAACCUUUGAGAACAGAACUUGAUAAAAGAUUUUCUGCUAUCAGCAGACUAGAAGGAGUGUUACUGUACUUGAAGUCUUUUGAAAAAAUUGAUGAAUUGAGCUCCCAGAUGAAGCAAUGUACUGAUGAUGAGCAAUUAGUUCAACUUUACGGAGAGUUAAAAGUUAUGUGCAGUCAGUAUAGUAAAGGACAUCAAGCUGCUUAUGUGAAAGAAUAUACACAUUAUUGGCAUAAUAUUUUGAAGGAUGGUCUCACCAAGCACUAUGAAGAUGUUUUAAAAUUACUUAAAUGGCCUUUUACUUCUUCUGAAAAUUCUUUACCACCAAAAGAUUUGCUGACAAAAUUUACCAAUAUGACUAGAUACCUGUUCCUAAUACAAGAACCAGAAGACUUAACAUCCAGUGCUAUUUCAGAUGAGUUCAAUCUAGAACCCAAUCCAUGUUUACCUGUGAGAAUUUUACUUCGACCUUUAAAAAAGAGGUUUGCAUUCCACUUCACGGGUGCACGUCAGACAGCGCGCAUUGACAGGCCGGAAUGGUUUUUAACACAAACACUUACUUGGAUACGAGACCAUCAAACAUUUGUCAAGAAUCAUGUGCAACCAGUUGCUGAUAAACUUGAAAUGAAGAGUGUUAACGCUGUGGAGGAAUUCAAUGCUGGUCUAAUAGCAUUGGCGGCGGAGAGACUUCAUACAGUUUUGGGAUUAUAUAUUACUCAAGGAGCUAAGGGAGAGAUUGUCGACAUCGAUGGAGCUUUUGCGCAUGCUAUUGAUGAAACUUUGGGUUUCCACAGAGAACUAUCAGCUAUUACAGACAUUGAAAUGAAUAGCGUGUUAGCUGUGCUUACUAAAGCAGAAACUUUUGUGAGAUGGCUAUCCGUAGAGAAGAAAUAUGCACUAUCGAAAAUGGACGAGGCUUUGGGCAACGAGCAGUGGAGCGAACCAGUUGCGGCUGGAGUUAGUGUUGCCGUGGGUUCCGUGUUAUGGGUUCCGCGCAGUGCCGACUGGUUUAUAGCCCUUUUGAAAACCAUAGAAGACCGAUAUGCGAUGUUACCCCAGCCAGGACAUAGGUUACAAUUCCUCGAGCUCCAACUGGAGUUGAUAGAAGAGUGGCGUAUUCGUCUGACGCAACUCAUGAGUGCGGCGAUGGACUCACUCCAGCCGGACUCCUUCCUGACUGCGUCAAGCCCACACCCACUAACGGCCGUCAUAAACGCCGCCCACUACACCCGCAUGGUGUUGUUACAGUGGGCGCACUCACUGCACUACUUACAAUUGCAUUUCUAUCGGCGUCAGUUCGAAUAUUUUACUCAACAACAACAUAGGGACGAUGAAACUGAAACAACAACUAGUUCCGACAGCGAUGAAGAUGACGACUAUGAUUCUGAAGAAGAUGAGGCCAAGAAACGGUCUAGAAUAGAAAGCGAAAUAAACGAGGCCAUGUCACUGAAUGAAUUGGAGUUCAAAGCCAAAAUGAUGGCUUUGAGUGAAAUGUCUCGAAGGACUUCGCUCAUGCAUGAGCAAAGCCAAUAUGACAUCGCGGCUCCCAUCGCGAACUUAGCAGUGGCGGAGCCGCUUGCCUGCGAGUUAGGGCAGGAGGAGGAAGCGGGGGUGUUUGCGGAGGCGCCGGCGCUGCUGGCGCACCUACGUGACGCUGGCCUCUCCUCAUUAGCCGAUCACAUACUGCUCGAGUUCAAGGCCACCAUACGCGAUUAUAAGAAACAGAAAUGGCACGCGAUGCUGACGGUGGAGGAGCGGGCGCUGAGCGUGUCGGGCGCGCUGUGCGGGCCGCUGGCGGCGCUGUGCGCGCGCCUCGCCGCCGCUGCCGCGCGCUUAGCGCCUGCACUCGCCGCCCGCCUGCGCGCGAGCCUCGCCACGCACCUCGACCUCUUUCUGCUGCAGGAAAUGGUACUAGAAACAUGGUUCAAUACGGGCGGCACCCUGCAGUUCACUCAUGACGUCAAGAGGAACCUGGUGCCAGCUUUCGCGCCGCCGAAUAAAGCCGCCUCACAAAUAUGCCAGUUGCCCAGACUUCUUGAGGCGUGUAAACUUCUGAACAUGGACUAUGACGACGCUCGGCGCCUCCGCUCGAUUCUCGCAAAGCAGCCAGCUGUGGGAACUGAGAGCCUCACUAACCACGGCAUAACGCACAUUCAGUUCAACGAAGCCCUCCAGAUCCUUAGCCAAAGGACAGAUCUUAGCGAUGCCUCGACACCGUCGUCUGUUAUGGAAUUAUUCUGA